AUGGUCUCUCUGAUUUACAGGAAGUCUACAUUUUUCAAUGUCUUAACAAAGAGCCAAGCUGCAGCAGAAAACUUUCCAUUUUGUACCAUUGAUCCAAACGAAAGCAGAGUUCCUGUUCCUGAUGAAAGAUUCGACUUUCUUUGCGACUAUCAUAAACCUGCCAGCAAAAUUCCUGCUUUCCUGAAUGUGGUUGAUAUUGCUGGUCUUGUUAAAGGAGCACAUGCAGGACAAGGUCUUGGAAAUGCUUUCCUUUCAAACAUUAAUGCAUGCGAUGGAAUCUUUCAUCUAACAAGAGCAUUUGAAGAUGAUGACAUUACUCACAUUGAAGGAAGUGUAAAUCCUGUACGUGACAUUGAAAUAAUCCAUGAAGAACUACGGCUUAAAGAUGAAGAACUUAUAAUACCAAUUAUAGACAAACUGGAAAAAGUAGCUGUCAGAGGAGGAGACAAGAAAUUAAAGCCAGAAUAUGACAUAAUGCUGAAAAUCAAAUCCUGGAUUCAAGAUGAAAAGAAAGCUGUCCGUUUCAAUGAGUGGAAUGACAAAGAGAUUGAAGUGUUGAACAAGCACUUGUUUCUGACAUCUAAACCAAUGAUGUAUUUAGUGAACCUGUCAGAAAAAGAUUAUAUUAGAAAGAAAAACAAAUGGUUGAUAAAAAUUAAAGAGUGGGUGGAUAGCCAUGACCCAGGUGCCUUGGUCAUUCCUUUCAGUGGGGCCUUAGAACUCAAGUUGCAAGACAUGAGUGAUGAGGAGAAACAGAAGUAUCUGGAAGAGAAAAAGACACACAGUGCCUUACCAAAAAUAAUUAAAGCUGGUUUUGCAGCUCUUCAGCUGGAAUACUUUUUUACUGCAGGCCCAGAUGAAGUGCGUGCUUGGACCAUCAGGAAAGGAGCGAAGGCUCCUCAGGCUGCAGGCAAGAUCCAUACAGAUUUUGAAAGGGGGUUCAUUAUGGCUGAAGUAAUGAAAUUUGAAGAUUUUAAAGAAGAAGGUUCUGAAGCAUCUGUCAAGGCAUCUGGAAAAUACAGACAACAAGGCAGGAAUUAUAUAGUGGAAGAUGGGGACGUUAUCUUCUUUAAAUUUAACACACCUCAGCAGCCCAAGAAGAAGUGAAUUUUAUGCUUAGCGGUGAACUCUGUCAUUGUGCAAACAUGCAUUUUUUUAUUUAGAAGAAUCGACGGUAAAUGGAAGUCAUCUGCCCCUGGGAUGCAGUUCCAGACAAUCUACCACUCCUUGUUCCUUUUGGUUUUUCAAUUAAAUAAGACACCACUAUUGGAAGUGCUGGCUCACUAAAUGUUAACAGCUUUCCUUUGAAGAUUAGGGCCCUAAUCCAAAUUGUAGGAGGGUUUCUGAAACCAUAUUACUCUCAUGAUACUUCAUUAAUCUCCAUCAUGUAUGCCAAGCCUGACACUUUUGACAGUGAGGACAAUGUAGAGUGCUUCUUUUUGAACCUUCAGAUAAUGCAUGUUUUACAGUACUCCAGAUGUCUACACUCAAUAAAACAUUUGACAAAAAACAGCACUGGUGUGUUUGGGGAUGUCUGUAUUGACUGACUAAGGUAUGCUAAAUGUGAUAUGGCACCUGGUGGAUGCUGAUUACAGAAUUUUGAGACGCAUAUGAUACAAUUACUGGAAGUGUGGGGCAGCUGUAUUUGUAUCUUAAAAAUGAUUAUUUCAUGGGACUCAAAAGAUUAGGCUGUUAAAUGAUUUGGGAAAUAAAAACUGAAUACAUUUGUAAAUGGAAA